CUAUGUGGCGCCAUCCGACAUAUUUAAAGAGUUUAUUUCCUCAAACGUUAUACCAGUAGGAGGCAGUAAGAUAUGGGAUGCCGUAAAAGCCUACAAUAGAAGAAGAACAGGUGGUUUACCACUACUGCACCACAGAAGAAGAAGCUCAGAGUCGCUGCAUCUGUAACAAUGGCGGCCACCCUGAGAGGAAGCUUGGUAACAUUGGUCAAGGGCCUGAGCGGCCCGCAGUGGCAGCACUUGGCCUCUCGACCAUUGAGUGUGUCUGCUGCUUUGUGUGGCCCAGAAGCCCCACCCGCCCGUGCUGAUGCUACCUUCAAGGUCACAAUGGUGCCAGGGGAUGGAGUGGGACCUGAGCUGAUGACUGCUGUCAAGGAAGUGUUCAAGGCGGGAGAUGUCCCAGUAGAAUUUGAGGAGUUUCACCUGAGCGAGGUACAGAACAUGGCCAGUGAUGAGAAACUGGAGCAAGUGUUAACCUCAAUGAAGACCAACAAAGUGGCAAUGAAAGGAAAGAUUCACACACCCAUGGAAUUUAAAGGGGAGCUGGCUUCGUACGAGAUGAGACUGAGGCGUAAACUGGACCUGUUUGCUAAUGUGGUUCAUGUGAAUAGCCUACCCGGCUACAGCACUCGCCACAACAACCUGGACCUGGUCAUCAUCCGCGAACAGACCGAGGGGGAGUACAGCUCCCUGGAGCACGAGAGUGUGACGGGUGUGAUCGAAUGUUUGAAGAUCAUCACCAGAGAUAAGUCACGGCGCAUUGCCAAGUUUGCUUUCGAUUACGCCACCAAGAAGGGACGAAGCAAGGUUACAGCUGUUCACAAGGCCAACAUCAUGAAAUUAGGUGAUGGCCUUUUUCUGCAGAGCUGUGCAGAGAUUGCCCAACUGUACCCCAAAAUCAAAUAUGAGACCAUAAUCAUUGAUAACUGUUGCAUGCAGCUGGUCCAGAACCCUUACCAGUUUGACGUGCUGGUGAUGCCCAACCUGUACGGUAACAUCAUUGAUAACCUGGCAGCAGGGCUGGUUGGAGGAGCAGGAGUUGUUCCUGGGGAAAGCUACAGUGCAGAGUAUGCUGUGUUUGAGACAGGUGCACGCCAUCCCUUUGCACAAGCUGUAGGAAGGAACAUUGCCAACCCCACAGCCAUGCUGCUGAGUGCUGCUAACAUGCUCAGGCACCUCAAUCUGGAAUAUCACUCCCAGAUGGUGUCAGAUGCUGUCAAGAGGGUCGUCAAACAGGGAAAGGUACGGACACGAGACCUUGGCGGGUACUCUACCACUGGCGACUUUGUACGUGCUGUUGUGGAAAACCUGCGUCACCGACCUGUUAACUAAGAUGUGUCGUCGCACUCCUCACUGACGUUUCCUUGAAUCUGGACAUUGUUCUUAACAUGAACUGGACGCAUGUUAAGACUCACCUCACCUCUAAUUGCCAAAUGACAGUUGUGAUACACAGUUUUGACAAACACCAUCAGUUGCAUCAUAAUAUAUAUGGUUUAUACCAGAUUUGCUAAAAGAUCUGGUGGAAUCAAUGGUGCCUUGUGUUGUCAUUUACUAAAUUAUGUGCAGUUCAUGAGUCUUCCUCUCAUGGAUUUACAUCAUAACAUCUAUAUAUCUUUCCUAAUAGUAACUGUCCAUCUCUUUUUACUCAUUCUGGGGGACUUUUGUGUCCGCUUAUUUUGAUGUAUUUGUGCUUGUACCAUGUUGGCCAUACGGACUACCUUCAUGCUAUCACACAUACAGGGGGCUAUUUUAACGAUAACGUUAGCAAGGUUAGCAUGGUGGCGUAAGCCAGGACCAGUCGGCAUCACUUUACUGGCUGUGUCUCAAUUGUUUUUGUGAGUAAGUAAACAACUCAGGUAUUAUAGCUAUAUAAUUCAAUGUGAGUACGCAAAUGUUGAAAGGACAUAAAAUGCCCAUUCUUAGUAGCCUUGAUAAAUUAGCCUGAAGCUAAUGCUUACCUGUUCAAAAGGAAAUUAGCCAACUCAGCGUAUUUUGGUGCUCUAAAGUGUCUCAAACUUUCAAAUACAUCUCCAAUAUUUAUUCGGGGUUUGUUACGUCUCUGGUCACGCAACUGUUAGAAACAUGUUUUUUUUAGGUUGGGUAGAAUCUAUCUCCGUUGAUCCCGUUUGUUUGCUGCUUUCAUGGCUGUACUAACAUUACAGUUGUAGCAUGCUGGGUUUACGUUUCUACAGGUCUAUCUGGUAACCCGGCCUGGCUGUCAAACUGGGCAGUCGAUAACAACACACGGACAUUCCGUCACGGAACGGGAAUUACAAAAGGAGAAAAUACUGGCACUAGCAUUGUUGUCAGAAACAAUAGUUUUUCAACUUAGCAUGUUUCCUUAAUAUCUGAUGAUGCGUUGGGGUCAUUUUGUGAUUUAUUACAGUAAAUAUAUUACAUA